CGGGUGGUCGACGGGGUAGUUUUUUCCGACACGUACAUCUUACCGUUGCAAAAAGGGAAACUUUUAUGAGGGUUUUUCUAAUUAGGGCUUUAUGCCUCAGGGACUUAGGGACUAUGUGGGUCAAAGGGUGUGAAACUUAGUGCUAAGUGUACUUUGGACACAGGUUUUUUUUUUGGUGCGUUCUGUGGUGUUUUUGUAUUUUCUACUUAAGACGAGUUUCUGUUUUCGUAAAACCAACUUUUUUUGGGGCAAGAAAGGACAUUCUAGAAGUUAUAAAAUGGCGUCACCAACAACACUAGAAGUGCAACGUGAAGUGGCCGCAAGACUGGAACACGACGAUAUCCUAUCAAAUAUGGCCGUCCAGAAGAGCAGUGCAUCCAGCAGAAGAAACUACAUGUUCAGCGUUAGAGGGGAUAGAUCCAGAUCAGAGCAAGGUCCUCACCCUAUAGCUAUUACGCAACACAUGUGGACCGGUGCAAAAAAAACUAAAAAACGAACUUCUGCCCCACAAAUGGGAGCAAACAAUGCUGGGGGCAUGAGGACAGCUCUGAUCUUGAGAUCGAGAAGAUCCUGGCCGGUUGCGCCAAUGGCUCAGUACAGAUGGCAACAGCUCCUCAGUUGCUCCAGAUUUUCCCAAAGUGUCUAUUAUGAGAUAGAGGGAGGGGCUAAACGAUACAUCCCGGGGGCAUUUAUCCCUAAUUUAAUCCUUGUAACUCAUAUCGGUAUCGCACCGCCGUUGUUCGCUUCACCGGAUUUAUCCCGGAAAAAUUCCUUGUGA